AUGAACUCGCUGGGCGACCGGUUCCGCUGCGUCGUCGCUCUCCUCCGCGGCGUGGCGGGCGACGACGACGACACCACCGCAGCGUACCGCAUCGCCACCGUCGUGCCGGCGACGGGCGCCGCCCCGCUGGAGGAGGAAGUUGCGGCAGGCACCGUUGCCUUCGCCGCGGCACACAAGAUGGAGGCCGUCGAUUGGGGAAGUGACGCCACGGCCCUUCUCACGGCGGCGCGCGGGCAGGCGCUGGCACAUGUCUCGCUCUUGCGCGCUGACGCCGUCACGUUCGCCGACACGCGGCAGCAGCUGCUGGCGCAGCGGAACCCCACGCUUCUCCUGCUGGAGCUCGCCUGCGACAGGGCGGUGCCGUCUGCCACGGGGGUGUUGGCGCCUGACGAGUGGGACUGGCUGCGGCCCCCGCAGAGUUGCCUCGCAGAACUCACGGAGAGUGAACGAAGCGCGGCCGUGUACGUCCCGGCGGUGAUGCGCUGCUCCGCCCCCCUCCUGCGUGCGACGGCGCCGCAGCCGCCGGCGUCGUUGUGGAGGGGGAGCGCCGUCACGCUAAAUGGGGUGCUGCGGGAGGUGGGCUACAAGGUCGGUUGCCUGCCGAAGUAUGGGUCUUGA